UUGAAACUUCUCACUAUAUUUCUCACCACUUACCCAAGCAUGUCCCUGCCUGAAUUAAUAUUGUAGUAAAGAAAUUUUAUAUGGCAAAGUCUCUUAUGAUCCUAACUAUAUAUAUAAGCCAUACCAACCUUUCUGCCAUAAUACCUUAAUAUUUCAAAUAUCCCCAGCAGAGAGUAACCUCUCAAUCCAAGCUUCAAUUAUAUUGAUUUUUUCACAUUUCUAAAUCCACCUCUACCAUAUAUAUCUCCCUCUAAUUAAACCUCUCUAUCCAUAUCUAAAAUUUCAAAAAGAUCUCAAUUAAUUAGAUUUCCCUCUCUCUUUCUCUCUCUAACUAUAUUGCAAACCUUUCCCUCUGCUUUCAAAAUCAGCAAAUUCAUGGGUCUUAGAGACAUUGGUGCUUCACUGCCCCCAGGGUUUCGGUUUUACCCGAGUGAUGAGGAGUUGGUCCUUCAUUACCUUUACAAAAAGAUCACUAAUGAGGAAGUUCUGAAGGGUACCUUGAUGGAAAUUGACUUGCACACGUGCGAGCCAUGGCAACUCCCAGAGGUGGCUAAGCUCAAUGCAAACGAAUGGUACUUCUUCAGCUUCCGUGACCGUAAAUAUGCAACCGGCUUUCGGACCAAUCGCGCGACGACAUCUGGCUACUGGAAAGCAACGGGGAAGGAUCGUACGGUGUUUGACCCUGCCACGCGUGAGGUUGUAGGGAUGAGGAAGACAUUGGUGUUCUACAGGAACAGGGCUCCAAAUGGCAUCAAAACGGGUUGGAUCAUGCAUGAGUUUCGCUUGGAGACGCCACAUUUGCCACCUAAGGAGGACUGGGUUUUGUGUAGAGUGUUUCACAAGGGCAAAGCAGACAACAGUGCCAAACUCAUCAUGUACGAGAGCACAGUUCCAUCCCUAACUUUGGCUUCGUCAUCUCCAACCAACCAAAACACCACACCAUCAAUUGGGUAUAACCAAUUUCUUGCCCCAUUCUCUUCCUCAAUGGCAACCCAUCAUCACAAUCACAAUCAUCAUAUUCCAAACCAAAGCCAAAACAACAACAACAACUCCUUGAUGGGUCUCCUUCAGUUCUCUAGGGAAACAAACACCAACAACUCUAGCACCGUUACUCAAAUUAGUCCCAAAUGUGAUGAUAAUAAUGGAUAUGGGUUCUUAUGGGACAUGGACCUCGAAGAAAAUAGCUUCAAUGAUGGCGUGGCAUCAAACUUGGAUGGAAUGAGAUUCUUCGAGCUUGAUAAUAAUAAUAGUGUGGUCUUGUUAUGAAAAGAAAAAGGAAAAAAGUAAAAAAAAAAAAAAAAAAAAAAAGGAAUGUGUACAUAUAUAUACAUAUAUUAUGCUUCAUAUAUCUCAAGUAAAUUAGGGGAAAUUGUUGAUGUGUGAUGUGAUGAUGGUGUUUGGCUUUAGGGGGCAAGUCACGUGCUUGGAUUGGGAUCGGUUGUUCCAUGGUUGGGGUCUGCUGUUCAAGUGCUUCCAGUGUUGUUAAUUAAUUAGGCCUUUUCUUUUUAGUAUUAUUUUUUGGGUGGGGGGAGGUUAUACAGUAUAUUUAGCAUUUGUAGAGGAAGAUAGUGAUCCUUUAAUAUGUACGUACCAUUUGUUAAUUUAUAUAUGAUAUAUAAUUACUGUCUAUAAUUUGUCACUAA